GCUCGCCCAAGAAAUCAUGGCUUCCACUUUGAUGAUGUGUUUUUUUGAGAUCUUACAUGACUGCUCUGAUUCUUGGAAGGUCCAUGCCAGUUUUGGUAAAUCAUUCUUGAGACAUGAGCUGGCAUCAGGCCACACCAUGUUAUCGGGCUCCGAAGAACUCUAUGGCUUCGCGGCCGCCUACUUCGCAUAUCAUGACGCCCUGGCAUCAACUGCUGGAACGAAUGUAGUGAUGCAAGACAACAAUAGCAGCCUUUGUCAUCUCUUAGAUGGUGAAGAAUCUGUGCUUGAAAGCCUUUCGGGUUGUUCAAGGCAUCAAAUAGCUUUGCUAUCUGAAAUUCCUGACCUCACCAGCCAGUCUUCCUGCCAAGAUGGUAUCCUUGAAAGGUCAGCUUCCUGGAAUCAAAAACGAGAUGCCAUUGAGAGAAAGCUACACCUAAUGAAGGACACAUCAGUUCCAUCAUCGAGCGAGUUGUCAUCAAAGUCUGCAAAAGAUGAAGCCCCCUGGCUAGUCCCAGAGCUGAAGAGACUCACAUGCCUAUUAUACUUCCACGCACGAGUUGACGAGUCAAACCCCUCGGAUCCACACAUUAUUAGACUCACAGAAAAAAUCUUGGAACUUCUGCCUCAUGUUUCCCUCCAAACAAACACUGUUCUUUGGCCACUCUUUAUAGUUGCGACACUUGGAGUCCGCUCAGAAUCCGAUAGCGACAGGAAGUUUAUACUAGAGCGACUGCACUUGCUACAGCAAACACGACAACUAGGGAAUGUCAGAAAGGCCAGACAAAUUAUUGAGACUGUUUGGAAAGCGCGCGACAUUGGCUCUUGUGGUGGGAAACAAGGGUGGGUUAUUCUCGAAGGGCGUCAUGAUGCCAUGAGUCUGGCUUGAGUUAAGUUCAAUGUUCAAUUGGGGUACUCUCCUUCAUGAAUUCUUCGUCUAUUUUCCCA